UCCAACUUCUCAGCCAUAGUAUCUCCUCUCUUUCUGCUUUUUCAUUCAGCAUUUCUUCUGGCCAUUCUAUUUCAUCCCAUCAUGUCUCGUCAGUCCACUGUCACCUUUCAGACAGGGAGCCGAAGGGGCUUCAGCGCUGCCUCUGCCACCACUCCUACUGCUGGGCGCUCCCGCUUCAGCUCUGUCUCCAUGGUUCGCUCCUCAGGGGGCCAUGGAGGGCUAGGGAGGAUCAGUGGAGUGGGCACUGGCUUUGGCAGUCGAAGUCUCUACAAUCUGGAUGGGUCAAAGCGAAUCUCCGUUAGUGGGUCCAAUAGUGGCUUUAGGAGUGGAUUUGGUGGGAGAGUAGGUGGCUAUGGCUUUGGUAGUAGCAUUGGAAGUGGACUGGGCUUUGGAGCUGGGGUUGGAGGUGGUUAUGGGGGUGCUGGGUUCCCUGUAUGUCCCCCUGGUGGCAUUCAAGAGGUCACUGUCAACCAGAGUCUACUGGCUCCCCUCAACUUGCAAAUUGAUCCCACCAUCCAGAGGGUGAGGAAGGAGGAACGAGAGCAGAUCAAGACCCUCAACAACAAGUUUGCCUCCUUCAUUGAUAAGGUGCGGUUCCUUGAACAGCAGAACAAGGUGCUGGACACAAAAUGGACACUGCUCCAGGAGCAGGGUAUGAAGACUGUGAAACAGAAUCUGGAGCCACUUUUUGAGAGCUACAUCAGUGAUCUCCGGCGACAGCUAGACACCAUCACAAGCGAGAGGGGGAGACUUGACUCUGAACUGAGGAAUAUGCAGGAUGUUGUAGAAGAUUUCAAAAUCAAAUACGAAGAUGAAAUUAACAAACGCACUGCUGCUGAGAAUGAAUUUGUGGCCCUGAAAAAGGAUGUCGAUGGUGCCUAUAUGAACAAGAUGGAGCUGGAGGCCAGAGUCAACUCCUUGGUAGAAGAGAUAAACUUUCUCCAGGUGUUCUAUGAAACGGAGCUGUCCCAGAUGCAGACUCAGAUCUCAGACACUUCCGUGGUGCUGUCUAUGGACAACAACCGAAGCCUAAAUCUGGACAGCAUCAUCGCUGAGGUCAAAGCUCAGUAUGAGGACAUUGCCAAUCGCAGCCGGGCAGAAGCGGAGUCUUGGUAUCAGACCAAGUAUGAGGAGCUUCAGGUGACAGCUGGACGCCACGGAGAUGAUCUCCGCAACACCAAGCAUGAGAUUGCUGAGAUGAAUCGGAUGAUCCAGAGGCUAAGAGCUGAGAUUGACAGCGUCAAGAAGCAGUGUGCCAAUUUGCAGACAGCCAUCGCUGAUGCAGAGCAGCGUGGUGAGAUGGCUCUCAAGGAUGCCCGGGCCAAACUGGUAGACCUUGAAGAUGCCUUGCAGAAAGCCAAGCAAGACAUGGCCCGCCAGCUUCGGGAAUAUCAAGAGCUAAUGAAUGUCAAACUGGCCCUGGAUAUCGAGAUCGCCACCUACCGGAAGUUGCUGGAAGGAGAGGAAUGCAGGUUGAGUGGAGAGGGAGUUGCUCCAGUUAAUGUCUCUGUGGUCACGUCAACUAUGUCCAGCGGCUAUGGUAGUGGCAGUGGUGUCGGUGGCACUGGCCUGGGUCUGGGUGGCAGUACUGGCUAUUCCUACACCACCAGCGGUGGGCACAGCCUAGGUGGAGGUCUGGGGAGCUCUGGCUUCAGUGCAAGCAGUGGCCGAGGCCUGGGGGGCAGCUUUGGCAGUGGCAGCAGUUCCAGUGUUAAGUUUGUCUCUACCACCUCCUCCAGAAAGAGCUACAAGCAUUAGAUGCCCUCCACCAAGAUCACUCCCAAUCUCACUUCAUCCUGGAUCUUGGCUUAGCCUUCUUACUGCUGCCCACACUCAGGGGUCACUUCUCCACUCCCACAUGCCUUUGUCUUUUAGUAUUGUUUUCCCUCCCUUGCCAGCAGCCAAACCCCAUCUACCCAUUGAUAUCCAUUUGAUACUGCUGAGGAGCUGGGAGGAACAAUGACACCUAAGUCUCUAGGUCCUAGCCAAGCUCCCAAACAUGUCUUAUUCUACUCCUAGACACUUAGCUCUGCCUCCCAAGACACAGUGACAAAGCCUCUCUCUUUCAAGACAAUUCAGUUCAACAAGUCUUUAGUAAGUUCUUGAAAAGAGUGCUAAUUCCUGAGAUGUCUUGCCGAGUCCCAGUUCAGUUUCAGAAACCUCUCUUAAGGCAUGCAGGUAGGGAGGAUUUGAGUUCCAGAUCCCAUUUCUCCAAGAUCAUUUCCACUAAUGCUUUCAGAUGAGUUCCUCUCCUAGUUCCUGCUGAUGCAGCCGAUGCCACUUUGUCAUCUACCCCAUCCGAUGGUGUAUAUAAGCUGCUCUUUGAGGGUACUCCCUCCUUCCUUUGCCUUCUAGGAAAUUGUCUAUUAAAAAGCAUGUGUCAUUUACGUGGGCUCAUGGAUUCUGUUGGGAUGGUGAAAAGCACCAAGGGAAAUUGAUGCAUGGGUCAACUGUUCUUUCUAAGGCCCAAGGGCUGGCUAGAUGAUUUCAUAUCCUCCUUUCACUGUCAAGACAGGAAGGAGGAUUCAGAGGGAAGGAGGAGAGAGAUGUGGAUGGGCAGAGAAAUGGGAGGUUUUUUCAGCGAAAAGGGAUAAUGGAUGCAAAGAACCAUCUCUACCAAUCUUCUCUCUUAUUCCUAUAUUCCUCAUCCCACCUUUUUAUCUCCUGAUUUCCCAUCUCUCACUGAAGAUGGCAUUGCCCUAAAACAGAGACCCAGAUCCCAUCUCAUGGAGCCUCCCAGGUUGAGGGCAGGAUUACCUUUUCCUCCCAAAUAGAAAAUAUGUUCCAGAACAGCUGAUGUGAGGCAACCCAACCCUCUAUUCCAGAGAAGCAAAUAAAGGGACAGAUUGUUCCAAGACAGUUUCCAACAUGCUAACCGGAGUGGAAAAAUAAUAUGCUAGGCAGAAGAGUUAAAAGCCAACCCCAGGGGCAACAUUUUCACAAAGGAAAGAGUUUAGGUCCUUAAUUGUUAGACAUAUCCUGGAAUCCAGCAAAUUACUGAGUUUACAAGUUUCCCAGAUCCUUUCAUUAGGGCUUGGUCAGGGGUGUGGCUAAAAUGGAGCAACAUCCAGAAGAGUGGUAGAAGUGAUGAGGAGGGGGAUGUAUUCAGAAUGGUCUCAAAUAGGGAGCAUUAUGAGGGUCAUCUAGGCUUGGGAAGCUGAAUGGGUGAGAGGGUUUCCUAGGACUAGGGGAUAGGAAAAUAACCAAGAUGAAUAGAUUAUUAAAUUAUCAAGGGG